CCUAGCUAAGACUAUAUAAUUCUGUUUUUGUCGUUGUUGCACCAGCCAUAUAUAGGUCUCCACUACAACCUUUCCUCGUACCCAAGAAAAAAUGGCGUCGCCGCUGCCUCCGCCGUCCAAGGAGAAGUCAUUGGAGUCGACGGCGACGUGGGCGGUUGCCGUCGUUUGCUUCGUGUUGGUUGCGAUCUCCAUUGUCAUCGAACAACUCCUCCAUCAUACUGAAUUGUGGUUAAAGAAAAAGAGAAAGUUAGCUUUAUGUGAAGCUCUAGAGAAGAUUAAAGCAGAGCUUAUGCUGCUGGGGUUCAUAUCGUUGCUACUAACAGUGACACAAGAAAGUCUUUCCGAUAUUUGUGUCCCCAAAAGUGUUGCAAGUUCUUGGCAUCCUUGUAAUGAAAAAUACAAUAAAACAUACUAUGAUCCAUGCCUGGCAAAGGGCAAGGCACAACUUGUUUCAGCAUACGGGAUACACCAACUCCAUAUCUUCAUUUUUGUAUUGGCACUUGCUCAUGUUAUCUACUGUGUCGUCACUUAUGCCUUUGGAAAACUAAAGAUGAGGCAGUGGAAAGCAUGGGAGGAUGAAACAAAGACAGUUGAGUACCAAUACUAUAAUGAUCCAGAUAGAUUCAGAUUUGCUCGAGAGACAUCGUUUGGUCGUAGGCAUUUGCAUUUCUGGAGCCGCUCGCCUAUUCUUCUAUGGAUUGUGUGUUUCUUCAGACAGUUCUUCCCAUCAGUUGCAAAAGUGGACUACUUAACACUUAGGCAUGGCUUUGUAACAGAACAUCUACCCCCACAAAUCCAGGAUUCAUUUGAUUUCCAAAUAUACAUAAACAGAGCACUUGAAGAAGAUUUCAAAGUCAUUGUGGGAAUAAGCCCUGCAUUAUGGUUUUGUGCUGUCCUGCUUCUCCUCACAAACACCAAUGGGUGGUACUCCCACUUUUGGCUACCAUUUAUUCCCCUAGCUAUCAUACUAUUAGUAGGAGCAAAAUUGCAAGUGAUCAUCACUAAAAUGGGAACAAGGAUUCUUGAGAGAGGAGAUGUGGUGAGGGGCAGCCCCGUAGUUCAUCCCAGCGACGAUCUUUUCUGGUUUAAUCGCCCUCGUCUCAUCCUCUCCCUCAUUCACUUCGUUCUUUUUGAGAAUGCAUUUCAGAUUGCUCUAUUUGUUUGGAGUUGGCUUAAAUUUGGAUAUCCAUCUUGCUACCAUGAGAAUCUUGAGGAAUUGCUCAUAAGAAUCAUGAUGGGUGUUGUGAUUCAGGUUUUGUGCAGUUAUGUCACACUACCUCUCUACGCCUUAGUUACCCAAAUGGGAUCAAACAUGAAGCCAGUCAUUUUUGGCGACGACGUGGCAUCCGGGCUCCGCGGCUGGCAGGAGGCCGCCAAGAAACCGGCAAAAGAAGGGCGGCCGACGGUCAAAGUCACCCCGUUGACCGGUGCGCCCGCCUCUCCGUUGCGCGGUAGCAUGUCGCCUGCCUACUUGCGGAAUGUCCACAGAAAGUCCACUGAGGACCUGCGUGGCGGGGGGGAGAGGUCGUAUGCCUCUCCCACCCACCACAGUUAUCGUGAGAGAAAAGAUCGAUCGCCCGAAACCUCGGUUAUUGAGAUAGAGAGAGAUGUUGGAGAGCCUUCCUCUGUAGAGUUGGGCUACAUGGGCCAACAACAAGAAGAUAUUAGCUCAAAUCAUUUUUCUUUUGGGAAAAAUGAUAAUUCCACUGCUCCAAAGUAAAAUAGUUAUGUGUAUAUUUUUCCUAUAGGAGUAUAUCUUUUCUAGUUUUCUAGAAGAACCAUUUUUUUCAACAUAUAUGGUACUAGUAAUGUAAAACUGCACUCUUUAGUGCAAUCCUUGAUACUCUUAUCCAAAAAAUUAAUUUUAUUUGUUGAUAUUAA